AUGAGCCAAGACGAAGCUGGUAAUAGUCAUCGUAGGGAGCUCUACAGACAGAGGAUGGCUGCAGAGACUCCUGAAGUAAGAGAAGCCAGACUGGCUAGAAGAAGAGUCACAGAUAGAGCUCGUAGGGACUCUGAGACUCCUGAAGCAAGAGAAGCCAGGCUGGCAGCAGAUAGAGUUCGUAGGGACACUGAGACUCCUGAAGCAAGAGAGGCCAGGCUGGCAGCAGAUAGAGCUCGUAGGGAUGCCGAGACUCCUGAAGUGAGAGAAGCAAGGGAGAGAGUCAGGUUACAAUCACGAAGAGAGCAAGAGACAUCUGCUGCCAGAGACCUUUGUUUAUCUGCUAACAGAGCUAGAACCCAGUCAAUAAGAGCGCAAGAGACUCCUGGUGAUAGAGAUCAGCAUUUAUCAGCUAACAGAGAGAGGUCUCAGUCAAGAAGAGAGCAAGAGACUCCUGCUGAUAGGGACCAGCGUUUAUCAGCUAACAGAGAGAGGUCUCAGUCAAGAAGAGAGCAAGAGACUCCUGCUGAUAGAGACCAGCGUCUAGCAGCUCACGGAAGCAGGUCUCAAUCAAGCAGACACAGAGCAAUGAAGGAUCAGAGGUCUGAAUCAACUAAUCCAAGUAGAAUG